UAAAUUAAAUAAAGUGACGAAACGAAAUUUUCAAUUAUUAACUUUUCCAAAGUGAAUUUAUAAAUAAAAAUAUACGAAACAGCGCCAACUUGAGUGAAAAGAUUUAAGCCUAUCUCGAUUUCUUAAAGUUGCUUGGAGAGUUUUUCAAGUUUUAAACUCUCCAACAGUGUUAAACAGUCUCUCCGACACAUGAGAACAAAUAUACUGUAUCUCUCGUGCGUGAUUUCAAGUUUUUCUCGCUGUAUAUAUGAAACGUGAGCAGUGGAGGCGUAAGCAUUUUAUUUACAGUUCCUGACGUAAUUUUUCUGUUUCAAGUGUGUGCGCGCGCGCAUAAUGAGCCUACAAACCCCAGUGUCGUGUAUUCCUGCUGCCGGGAAGAUGGCAAAGGCAAAGAAGGUCCUCGAUGAAGCUCGUGAAAUUCAAAAUCCCGAGCUGGAUCUCGCGGACAAGGGAAUUUCCAGCUUUGACGAGAUGCCAGGAUUGUUUAAUAUGCAAAAUAUUACACGAGUGACUCUCAGUCACAAUAAACUACAAGCUGUUCCUCAAGCUAUAUCGUAUCUUGUAAAUUUGGAAAUUCUUAAUUUAUUCAACAAUCACAUUAUGGAACUGCCCAUGACUCUUUCACAAUUACCAAAGUUGAGGAUUCUUAACAUAGGAAUGAACAGGCUAAACGAGCUUCCACGAGGAUUCGGAGCUUUUCCAGUUCUAGAAGUUUUAGAUUUGACGUACAAUAAUUUAAACGAGAGAAAAUUACCUGGCAACUUUUUUAUGAUGGAUACGUUGCGAGCUCUUUAUUUGGCGGACAAUGAUUUUGAACAUUUAUCACCAGACAUCAAACAACUCCGAAAUCUGCAAAUACUUGUUUUGAGAGACAAUGAUCUCAUAGAAUUGCCAAAGGAAAUUGGAGAACUGAGUCGGCUUCGAGAAUUACACAUUCAGGGAAAUCGCUUGACAGUCCUUCCACCAGAAAUUGGAAAUUUGGACUUAGUCAGCAAUAAAGCCGUCUUUAGAAUGGAAUACAAUCCCUGGGUAACGCCAAUUGGAGACCAAUUACAAGUUGGUGUUUCUCACGUAAUAGAUUACAUUCGUUCCGAGACCUAUAAAUACGUUUACAAUAGGCAUCAAUCAGCAAAAGGUCCUCCACCACCAAUAGAAAACGACAAAACUAAAAAGAUUUCCCGUCUUCGUUGAAUAAUUACAAUAACUUAAUCAUUAUUCACACUGCCCCAAAUACUCACAAACUUAAGGCAAUUCUUAACAAAAUAUUUAUGACGAUAACUAUAAAAAAAAAACAAAACAAAAGUUAACACGUGCCUUAGUUUUGUACCUUAAUCAGUAAUUUUAUUUGGAAUUAAAAAUGUUCCUCUUUAAAUACUAAUUCCAAAUUAAUAACUGAUAUAUUUUUUUUAAUAAAAAUAGUUCUUCCGAGACCAAUGUUUACAAAUCUAGACUGGAAUUGAUACUGACAUAUAGUUAUUAAAAAAUAGAAAUUUUAUUUUAUA